CUCCCUAGAUUAGAGGCUCUCACCCAUGGUGGAUAUAUUGAACGACCGUGAAGGCAAGGUUGAUUGUAUGGGCUACCUAAAAUUACCAUGCUGAAAAUAUUUCAACAAAUAUCUUUUCAUAUUAAAAUAAUCCCUAUGUGUAUUUUUUUUCUUUUUUAUCAUCAAGCCAGAUAAAAAAGACAUUUAUAUUGUGGAUGAGUGCUUUACGGCUGAGAGAGGCAUGAAGAGGUCUUGUGAUCAAGAUCGCCCUUUACUUGUAGCUACAGUCAACUGUGCUGCCGAAGGUGAAGGACGAAAAAAUACUGAAAUACCUUUUAAACAGCUAAAGACGCAAAAGCUACUGUAAAAUAGCUAGCUAGCUUCAACACACAGAAGAACAUGAAAGGAAGUGCAAAGAAUCAGGAACACAGAAAUGGAUUAUGAUCGACUGGCACUAGCCUACAAUUUAUGUACAAAAUUUAUACAAGACACAAACGUUGCACCAGAUCGUGGAGAAGAAUUUUGUUAUUCAUUGUUUGAUUAUGAUUCAGAAAAGGUUUCUAGCAUAUUUUCGAACUCCUGGAUUAAGUAUCCUGUAUUAGAUUGUAUUUGUGAAUGGUUGUUCAACAAUACAAAUCUUCAUUUCAAAGAUGUUGUUGUGACAGUCAAUAAGUGUUUGGUGAAAUGUGGAAGACUGUCUUAUGAGAUAACAGAGGAAGACUUAAAACAUCCCUUCCACGAAAAUGAAGCGGAAGUUGGUUAUCAUUCAGUUGCGUUUAAACCAAAAGACAGAAAAAAAAUAUAUCAGUACCUUGCACAGGAGAUAUCAGCAUGGGACAUACGCUACUUAGCACAUUUCUUGAUUCCUUACAACGAUGUAAACAAAAUAUAUACUAACAAUGUGGGGAAUAUUGAAGGAGUUAUAGCACGUGUGUUGGAAACCUGGGAUAGGAAAUCACCUUCUUGGAAUUGUCUGAAAUCAGUUCUAACUUUCUUACAAAUGGAAAAACAUGUUACUGACAUUGAAAGUGGUGUGCAUAUGCAAGACAAUUAUGACCAUGAAAUAGCUGUACCAAGCUAUUUAAUGUACAAAGACCAUCGGAAAAAUCUUGUCAUACAAUUUGACAAAAAGUGGUCUGUGGAAACUGUCCACAGCGUUGUUAGUGCAACAACUGCAGAACAUUGGAAGCAACUUUGUUUAGAUGAAGAUUUCACUAUCAAAGAAAAAGAAGGAAGAUUAUUUCUGAUUAUUUGCAACAACAAAGCAGAUAUAAAAAAAAUAUCAGUUUUAUUAAUCCAUGAAAACAAAAAAUCUCAAAAAGUUUUGAUCAAUGAUAUUGAACUGGCAACUAUACAUAAAUGUCCGACAACCGAUUAUUUAAAUGUCAUCACUCACAACAGUCGUUUGAUAUCUAAGCAGAUAGAGUCUAUUGUAAACAAGGAAACAAAAGAAGCAGAUAUCGAAUUUAUAUGUGGUGGCAGCCUGAAAAGAAUGUCAGCCAAAGCAUACGAAGAGUAUGAAAAAGAUUACUCUGAUCAAUAUUUCACCAUCAAUGGCAAGCGCAUGGAGGAACCACUCCAGUUCCCACCUCCAAUCUGUAACCAAAAAUCUUCUGUAUUUGCACAGAAAAUGAAAGAUGUCAUACUAAAGUUAAAAUACCAGUUUUUUACGAUAUUUACACAUUAUGAUAGCAAGGAUCAUAUCCAAUUUUUGAAUCUAAAUGAAGAAUUUCCCUUGAAAAGCAAUAUAUCUAAUGAUAACCGAAUACUACUAGUGUUUCUCAAGACAUUGAUAAACAUUAGAUACACUGAUACAAUCAACGCAAUUGAUAUACAAGAUGAGUUCAAAGCAGGCGAGACAGACCUUAAGGAAUUAUCCAUCAUCAAUAAAAAAUGUUUUAAACAUGGUAAUUGGACCAUAAUUAAUGUUGUAGCUGCACCAAGUUUUAAAGUCAGCCAGGAUACUCAAAUAUGUGUAAACUGUAACUUACUCUGUAAGAAAACACUAUCUGAGGAAAGCAAGAUUCUGGACUUUUUUUCUAACCUUCUACAGAAUGCACACAAGAAAAGCAGCCGUGAUGACGCGAAAGAACAAUAUAUAUCAAUGGUUAGCAAAAUAAUGUGCUUUAUGGCCACACGUAAAGCACUUUAUACUGUUCCUUCACUUAGUGAUAAUAUUCACGAGCAAAUAAGUUCACUGAUACUAAGUAUACAGCAGCUUCGAAUUUUGUAUAGCAAAUGUCAGAAGAAAAUUAUAACUGGUCCGUUAGGUAGUGGCAAAACUGUUUUAGGGUUAUCUCACUUAGAACUUGCUUAUGAAUACUGUAAAGAAAACUCCAUCAUUUUCUAUGUAAUUUGGGAUGACAAAACAUUACUAAAACAAGACGUUUUCAAUUAUGCUAAUAGAUUUAAUUACAAGAGCAAUGUUGAUGUUAUCGUUACGGAUAUUGUCCAGUUAGCGAAGGAUAUAGAAAUGCCUAAGGUUCCAACACCCUUACAGUUGUUUAAGUCGUUAGUUGAGAAACAUGUUGGUAAGCAACUACAUUUUAUACUUGACGAAUUUAAUGGUGAGAUGCUUGGAAUUGAAGAAGCAUUAUCACUGAAAAAAUACUUUGAAACAGAAGCUAGGUUAGAACACUCAUACAUUGUUGUAUUUCCACAAUCCAUUGAAAAGCAUAGAUCCUUCGUUUCGCAUGAAACAAUCACAAAGCAUGACAAAUAUAAAUAUGAGGAAACAGGGUUAAAGUUAUAUAAGCUUGAAAGGGCGAUGAGAACAUCUGAAUCGAUCUUUCAAUUUUUAAGAGCUUUUGAACAGUUAGCAAGCAAAGGAAAAACAGUGAUUAAACUUCCUGUGCAAGAAGCCCAGCAAACGGUUAAUACAAGCGUCGUUGGGACAUUUUGGAAUAUUCUACAAAAGUUAUUUUCCAGUUUAAAACAACCAGUACAACAGCCCCACAAAUUGCAACAACAAGCAAAUCAAUCACAGCAACAAUUACUGAAGCAACAACAACCAAAAGAGAUUACUACGCCUUACAGAGAUUUUGUAGAAAAAAAUAUAGACAGCAACUUUGAGGCUCUAAUUGAUAUUGAUCGUCUUGCAACGGCAAUCCCAGAUGAACAUCUUUCAGAUGUUGUAAGAACAGAAACAAAUUUUCAUUUUAAUUCAGCAGCUUUUAUUGGUCAUAAUAUAAAAGGUACCAAACCAUUGUUGAUACACCCUGAAGAAAAGAAAACAGAAGAAAAGGAGUUCAUUCCAAUGUUAGCUUUAGUUCUUCAAGACAUUUGCUUGCAUUACAAUACUAAGCGUUUAUUUAUUUAUAACACAUAUCAUCAAAUGACUAUAUUUUACAGAUUGCUGAAGCUAUUAAACUUGAAUUUUUUUCAUUACGACGAGUCUACUGAAUGGAAACUUUUAAAAAGCAAUGAAGAAAUCCCGGAUCUUUUGCAAUAUUCAAGCUACAACAUACUCACUACGCCUGAGGGUAGUCGUGGCAUGGAAGCAAGUGAGUGCAUCUGCCUAAUUGAAAACAACGACUGCACAUUAAAACAUUUAACAUUGGAAUCGAUGUCUAGAGCUACACAAAACCUGAUCAUUGUUUCAACAUCGAACAUUCACCUAUCUAAGUAUUUAUCAACUGGUCACAUUAUCAAAGAACUUUUACGUGAAUAUUUAACUGAAUAUAUUGUUACACAUUCUGAAGAAUUGGACAGUGAAAAACCAUACACAAAAGACAGUGUGGAUAAAGUAACUUUCAACAUAAAUACACGAUCCCGUAGGUUUGAAGAAUUAUUAAACAACAUUGAACAUAUUGAUCAUCCUCAAGCAGCCCCUGUAACUGCAAAUGUGGAAGAGAUAAUUUUUAAAUGCCUUCAUCCUCCCGAAAAGGUUGACAAGAUAACCUGCUUCUGUUUGUCAGAGAAAUCAUGUGAAUUACGUUGGCAGCAUAGUGCUGAUAAAUAUACAGUUAAAAAGAAAAGCAACUAUUUCGAUUGGGAAAUUUUGGCAAGUGGUAUUACAUCUAACACAUUCAUCGUAGAUGACAUCAGUAUAGGAGAAAUUUGCACAUUUUCAGUAGUUGCGGAUAACCAAGUGGGUCAAUCUGAUGACAGCAUUUUUUCAUACCAUCAUAACUGGCCUCCAACAUUUAAAGAUAUCAAGAAAAUUAUUAAAUCUAACGAUAUCGAGAAACUGAAAAAAUUACUAUCCAUUCAUCCGAACAUCGUUCACAUGAGAGGUGAAGAUGAAUACACACCAUUGAUGUGGACAGUACUGUUCACCAACAAUACAUCAAUGGUGGAAAUACUCAUCUCAUAUGGGAGUGAUGUUUGGGCGGAAGAUGGAUGGAAACAAAACAGUUAUCAUUUGGCUGCAUAUCGUGGUCGUCACACAAUAUUAGAUAUGUUAUGUCGACAUGAUGUAACAAACAUCAACCGUGGAAAUGUUCACAACUUCACACCAUUAUAUGAAUCUGCAGAUAAUGGUCACAUCUCAUGUGUUGAUGUUUUGUUGCGUCAUGAAAAUAUUGAUGUGAUGAUCAAAGAUAUAUAUGGAAGAACAGCUUAUGAUGUUGCUGGAGGAUUGAUGAAUGAACAAAACCGGGAAAUAAUAAGACGAAAAAUAAAAAAAUACGAAGCUAGAAAGAAGUAAGUAUCUAACGGAAGAAUUUGUUUCGAUUGGAAAAACGACAAUCCAUUUCGCAGACCAGAAAAGAAUUCGUUAUCACAUUUUAUUAUUUUUUAUAUGUUUAUAAUUUCUUAUUUAUAAUGUACAUAAUUUUAUAUAUAUGAAAAUAUUUGUAUCAAAAAGUAUUGUAAAUUUAAUAUAUAGAAAAACAAUUUUUGUUCGAAUUA